GAAGUCGCCUCAUUAUCGUGUCAUCGUCUCCUCUGUUGCUGCUCUGCUCGAUUAAAGAGGCGAUUUUACUACAACAGGAUGCCUCUUCCUGCAGCACUGCUGGCCCGCUUGGCCAAGAGAGGGAUUGUAAAACCAUCAGAUCAAGAGGUAGAUGAGGAGAUUAUUGCUGAAGAUUACGAUGACAACAACGUAGAUUAUGAAGCCACCAGAAUAGAGAAUCUGCCACCAAACUGGUAUAAAGUGUUUGACACUGCUUGUGGUCUUCCUUAUUACUGGAAUGUGGAGACAGAUUUGGUAGCCUGGCUGUCCCCUAAUGACCCAUCUGCUAUGAUAACCAAACCUGCCAAGAAACUGAGGGCAGAUGGAGGAGAUGACAAAAUCGAGAGGCAUUUUGAGAAGCCAGACAGAGAGCGAGAGAGGGAAAGGGAAAGAGAUCGAGAAAGAGAGCGUGACAGAGAGCGAGAAAGGGAUGAAGGGAGAGACAGAGACAGACGGAAGCCGAGGAGAGAAGACAUGCCACCGUACAACAAAGGCAAAAGAGGCAGGAAAGAUGAUGAAAUGGACCCAAUGGAUCCGAGCGCAUAUUCUGAUGCUCCAAGAGGCACGUGGUCAAGCGGCCUGCCCAAACGUAAUGAAGCAAAGACGGGGGCAGACACCACAGCGGCAGGGCCUCUGUUCCAGCAGCGGCCGUACCCGAGUCCAGGAGCCGUGCUUCGAGCUAACGCAGCCAACCAAAUACCGAAGGAGUAAGCCAAACACCCAGGAGGACAACAACUCAUUCAUACAAAAACAAGAGCUGUACAGUGUCUCUUCUUUUUGUUCUCUGACAGACUGACAUCAUUUGAGUUUUCUUUUCUUUGUGAAAUGUGCGUACAUGUCAGAAAUAGAAGUGCUGAGUUUUUGUACCGCCAGUGCAUUCAAACUCCUGCUCAACAUGUACAACUGUUGUAAAUAUGUUUUUAUAAAAAGGCGUAACGGAUUGACCUGCUUGUUGUUACUUGAACCAUUUAAGGGCGUCAUUUGCUAAUAAAUUGAAAGAUUACUGUGAAAAAAUGACUCAUUGGGAUUUUUCUUUAUGGCUGCCACCAAUUAUUAUUUAAAUUAUUGAUUAUCAGUUGGU